GUCACGCGCGGCGACCACAAUUCUACUCGGCCUGACUUGCGGAAGUUCAUAUCAGAGUCGGGCUGCUAUUGGGGCUGGUCUCGCUAUGUUAUGCGCUUCAGAGCAGAGUUGUCGAACAUCGCGACGUUCCAAUACAUUGUGUCAUCCGUCUCGACCCUGGCGAAGCAAUGCAUCAUCAAGCUCACCGCCGAAAAGGUUCACAUCAUCUGCAUGGGCGACAUAAGCUCUUCCACCCAAGUUUGGGCCCAGAUAGACGUCAAUGUCAUCUUUGCGGAGUAUCGCAUCGAAUCUAGCGCAGGCAAUAUGAUCUAUCUCGAGGUCGUCACCGAAGCUUUGAAGCGAGCGCUCAAUUCCGGUCAAGGCGCGACGGAGGCCGUCAUCCGUCUGACAAAGAAAGGCGCUACUCCUAUUCUGAGCCUUGCCAUCAAGUCUGCAAGCCACACGGGUAAGGCAAUCGAUAUCUUACAAGAGAUCUCUGUACGCGUCCUCAAACAAGCCGACAUGGACAAUCUCAAAGAGCCGCUCUGCCCGGAUCCAGAUGUCACCCUAUACAUGCCGUCACUCAAGGGCGUUCAAGUUGUCGUCGAGCGGAUGCGCAAUAUCUCAUCGCACAUCAUUUUCACGGCCAACAAGAUGGGCGAGCUCCGGCUAUCCGUCGAAGAUGAGCUAGCCAAGAUAGAGACAGUCUGGAAGAAUCUCAAGCAGGCUCACUUUGAGAACUCUCAGGCGGCAAGUGGCGAAGAGGAAGACGAUCCAAGGGCGCUGCAUGCCGUCAAAAUAGACAUCAAGAUGUUCUUGAAAUUCCUAUCGACCCAUCAGGGCGCAACGUCGACGAUUGCUUGCGUCUGCAACGAGCACGCCGGUAUUUUCCACGUCUACCUUUCGCCAGACUCUUCCGUCACGGGCGGCAUUCUGACGUGCGCAGGCUAUGACGGCCACGCAGAGAGCGUCAGUCGCUGUCCUUGCACCAGAAGAAGCCUCAAUGCCGCCACAGAGUUGCCACGCUUCGAAAAAAGCAGCGCAGCGGCGAACACGAGUAGACUAUCUAGAACGAUAGAUGCAGCUUGUGACAAACAACAUGCUUCCCUGUACUAA